CCCCGCCCCCCGGCCAUGGAAGGGCACGUCCGGCGGCUGCUGAACCGCGUGUCGAUGGCCCUCGCGGCCGUCGCCACCGCCGCGCUGCUGCAGCUCUUCCGCCACUCGCCCUCCUCCUGCCUCGUCGGCUUCCCUGCCUAUUCGUCCCUUUCGCUGGCGCCCUUCCCGCGCACCUCGUGCGACGCCGCGUCCCGCCGCGUCGUCGACCCCGACCUCCGCCUCGCCAAGCUCCGGUCCUCGCCGCGCUGGCGGCGCCGCAAUGCAGCCCUCUCCACAGCGGUGUUCCCACGACUCCGCCGGCUGCGCCUCCUCCGCAGCUCGUCCCGCGUCCUCUGCGUGGCCGCCGGCGCGGGGCAGGCGGUCGACGCGCUCCACGCCGCCGGCGUUGGGGACGCCACCGGCGUUGAUCUCGUUGACUUCCCUCCCCUGGUAAGGCGCGCUGACUCGCACAAUCUCCCGUUCUUCGACGGCGCGUUCGACAUCGUGCUCUCCGACGACCCAAUGGCGCUCACCGGCGCGCUCUUCCCGUCCCGGUUCGCGGCCGAGGCCGAGCGCACCGUCUGCCAUGACGGCGCAAUCACUCUCGCAAUCGAACGGCACAUCGACCUCUCUAUCGUCGCUUCCUUCUUCAAUAAUUCACGCGUCAUGGAGGCAUGGAAUGCUACCUUGGAUGGCUCAGCGGUGAGCAUGGUAAUCUUCUUAAGAAAAAAUGGCAAGAACACAAAAUAGCAUUGAUCCGUGACCAUUUACUCUUGUUUAUGUUGCGUGUUUAUUUGUAGUUUCUAUAGACUAGUUCGAUAUUUGGACUGAAUACUUCUGUGAAAUUGCAAGUGAACUACUAUUAUACUUAUGGUUGAAUAUUUUAAUUGUGAUACGUAACCUAAUUUGUUGUCUGAUAUUCCGGCCGUCAU